CCGGUUAAGCCUCUCGACUGUUGCAUUUGCUAUUUGUUAAUAUCUCCAUAUUGUUGGUUGUACCGCAGCUUCCUGAUGUUUUAAACCGUCUGCCUUCCUACCCCAAAGCAGGUGAGCACAGUGUUAGUUUAAAGGACAGACUUCGGAACCAAGUUGCCUGAGUUGAAAUCCCUGGCUCUGCCAUUUACCAGCUGUGUGGCCUUAAGCAAACCACGUCGCCUCUCUGGACCUCGGUUUCCUGGGCUACCAGGAAGUCGUCUAAGCCUCCUGCCUCGGGGACGCGGGGAAGGCGCAGCAACUGACAUCGCGUGCUCGUUUCUCUGACAGUCCGUCCUUCGGCCUCAUGAUUUCUGAGAGCACGGCAGGAGACAGAGAUGAAGGGAGGGACACAGACGGCAGCUGCAGACCUGCCUUCGCCCCUCCUGCCUGCCCGGCGGAGACUGCCAGGUGCCCUCUCGAGGCCUCCCGCCCAGGCUCGAACAAGACCAACGCCCAGCCGCGGGGGCGCCGGGCAGCAGGGCCCGGAACACCCCGCCAGCUCCACUUCCUCCCUGAGCCCUCCGGCCCCCGCGGGCGCUCCCCAGGCACGGAGCACCCAGCAGGCAGCCUGCCGGGGAUCAGCACGUGCGGCGGCCCCUGUCCUGGAACCCUUAACGAUCUGCUCCGAACCUGCGCUGUGUGAGCCAAGCCCGGGCCGGCACUGCCGCCUCCUGGCCCGGAGAGCAGCUCCGCACAGCCCCGGCGGCGCACGGCGGAGUCCUGGUGGACCCGCGAGGGGGCUCAGCAAGGCUCGGAGCGAGGCCGAGGCGGCAUCUCCAUGCACGCCCGGGGUAGCCCGGAGAGGACGCCUGUCCCUUCCUGGCAGAGGCCGCUCCGAACGCAGAAGGAGGCAGUGUUCACGCCAACACCGGCAGGAGAGCCUGCCCCCCUUCCUUCCACCGGCCCUCCCGGAGCAGGCCGGCCACACAUGGGAGACGCACAGGGACGGCAGGGCGACCCGCAGAGGCCCCGGUCCCCGUCCUCGAUCUCUGGGGGCCCAGCACUGGGGGCCGGCGGCGGACUGCCCGCAGAGCCUGCACGUGUUGAAAAGGGAAAUCAAUGCAGGUGAGAGAGUUCAGGGCAGUUUCCAGUUCUGACAAGAAUAAAAUAUGUAUGUAUGCACAAGUUACAAAAUAUUGUCAUUUCUGUGAUUCCACAUAUGAAGUAAAUGUUCCUAUAUUUGCAUUUGGGCUUCCCUGGUGGCUCAGAGGUUAAAGCCUCUGCCUCCAAUGAGGGAGACCUGGCUUCG